GGCCGGGAUUGUCAAGAACCAAUCGGGCUGGUGGUGGUCCGCGAUUUUGAUGUCCUGAUGGGUGUGGCUGGAUGCCGCAUCAGGACACUUGGAACGUCGGCGUGUCUGGCGACCAAGAAAGUUUGAUGGGCCUGUUUUCCCGGUAAUCCAGUCCCAGUAUUUUGACAGUCCCGGUGUCAUCGUGUGUCCCGGGCAGAAAUUGACCGCCUCUGCGAUGGGACCAACCGAGGCGGCGGGUUUGGGAAAGGGUCCCAAUGUAUAACAACACAAAAUAUUAGAACGUACAAUGUAUUCACCUUAAUUUUUACAGAUAACUAAUCAAAUGAUUUUAUCAUGUAAAUCAUACAUUACCGAUAGUGGCCAAAUAAAUAUUUGGAACGAGGACAAGUCCGCCGUAAUAUCAAGAAUGAAAGAUUGCAUUAAGCUGUUUGAACAAUAUCACGAGUGCUAUUCUGAUAUGCGAAGAAAGGUUAAAGAGGUAAUGGAUGAGAAACCUUUCGAAGUAUCAGAAAUGUAUGUAUUUGGAAAAUUCAAUACGUUCAAGACAAGGUUAUAUAAAAUUAUUGACGUUUUAGAAACAUCACAGAUGUAUACGAUUCUACAUCGUUCAACGAUCGAUGGAAUAGACGCGUUCUCUCAAAAGUUUUCAGGUAUCCUUCAAAAAAUCUCAACACAAACUUAUGAUCCACUAGACCACAGAAAGCCGUAUUUUGACCCGGAUUAUGACGAGUUUAAAAAAAGUAUCCUUGAGACUGAAAUUGAACUCAGAAAUUUCUUUUUCAAGACGAUAUCAUUAGUGCCAAAUAUAGACGAAGCAUUACGAUUAGUGGGAAGGUUUCAAAAGUUAAAUCUUAAUAACUUAAAGAUUGACCAAAAAUACUUGGAACUUGUCACAAUAUAUCAGCAGGAAAUCGAAGCAGUUCGGGACGCGUAUAACGAAGACAGGUCGGAUCCUCCAUUACCACGGAAUAUUCCACCAGUAGCUGGAAGGAUUUUAUGGAUUCGGCAAUUAUAUAAAAGAAUAGAAUCGCCAAUGAAUGUUUUUAAGAAACACCCACGUGCAAUUACACACGAGCGCAUGCAGAAGUGCAUUAAGAUAUAUAACGCUCUUAUUUCGGUCUUCAUUCAUUAUGAACUGAUAUAUCACAAAGCGUGGUAUGAUACCGCAGACAUUGUAAGUUAUAAACUUAUGGUAAUUUACAAAAAUAUAUUAAUGUGGUCCAGCACUGUUCCACCACUACUUAUGACCAACAGAAUUCUACCGCGUCACAAUAUAUUUAGCUAUUAUUUUGUUCGUUUGGCAUUAUCAUCUCCAUUAUUAGUACGCCACCCAAGAACUAACAAAUAUUGCUUAAACUUCGAUUCCUACAUAACUGAGGUCAUUAGAGAAUCGGAACAUAUGUCUAGAUUUAAGAUGGAAAUACCUGAUUUUAUUCAAAUCAUUACAUUUUGUAAAGAGCAAGUUUUUGCCUCACGUGAAAAAGUAAAGAAAUUGGUCGAAGAAAAUGACAAUCUACGACGUUCCAUUCCAACGCUUUUUCUGAACCUGAUGAAUCCAGCGUUUGCAAAACUGGAAAUUGCUUUUCAACCUUGCCUGUCUGUCGUAACGUGGACAUCCUUAAAAAUUCCUCAAGUCUGUGAGAAUAUUAGCGAUAAUAUCAGAGAUGUUCAGAUUUUUGGGAAAGAACUGAAAGACAUGAAAGAAGCACGAGUCGACGAAGUUUUCGAGUCCAUUGCAGAAACGGACCUUGUCAAACUGGAUAAUUAUCCCCAAAGUCCUGCCCAAUUUUCUGGAGACAAUCUCGCCUUUAGAGUCUCAGUUGCAAUGGAAUUAGAAAUAAAAUCAUCGGCUGCCGAGAAAGCCGUUAUCGAUAUAAUUAAUAAACUUCUAGACUUAAUUAGCGAUCCAAGCGUUGAUGUUGUGAAAUAUUACUGGAUGGAUCAGGAGAAAAUUACCCGACAAGUUACUUCUCAAACUAAGUUAACUGGUGGAGGAACAAUUGAACCAGGAUUUGGAUAUAUUGAUGGAACUAGUAAGGUUAAUAUACACCGUGUUCAUAACGACUGCAUGGAUCUCUUUGCUUAUUUCAACCAUAAACUAAUAGAAGCUUUAGUAAAAUGUACGAAAACUUCUCUUGAAGUUUUGAGAAAACGAGUAGGCACUACGAGUGUUUUAUUUCGAGAACAAAUCGAUGGGGGAGAGCCUGCACUUUUAUCCACGUACCUUGUUUUGCAAAUCCCAAACAUUAUUAUAAUUCCGCCUAUAGAAGAGUUGCAACUUCAUUUUGCGAAAGUAAUUACGAAUAUAAUAGAAACUCAUAAAGCCAUUACCAUGUGGGGUCAACGCUACUCGUCGACACCUAAAAAAAAGGGUACUCUCAUCUCGAAUGGUGAUGAAUGUAAAAUCCUUUCAUACCUGCGGUAUUCCUACAUUUGGGCCGAGGAUAGGAAUGAACUAAUCCAAGCGUUUGUCGAUUCAAAUCCAAUUAUCCAAGAAAUUCGAGAGAAAUUUUUGGAGUAUGAGGAAUUGUUCGCAGAAAUUAAGCAACUUCCCGAGCAUCACGUAAUUGGACCUAUAGACAUUAGCAUGGAAAAAUUAAAAUUGGCAUUGCUGGUGGAAGCAAACGCAUGGAAGACUACUUUAGGCAAUAUUCUAUCAAUCACAUAUAGAGAAAAAUUAAGAGGCAUCACGGAAUAUAUUAAUGAGAAAAAUAAUAUAUUAGCGCGUAAAAUAAAUGAUUUGGAAGAUGUAAGAGUAGCUAUGAUGUGUCUCAGCGAUAUAAGGAACGAUUUUAUAUCGCUAGACAUGGAAUUAAUAGCUAUUGAAGAAACGUAUACUUUAAUGGGAAAAUUCAACGUUCGUCUUUCAAAAGAAGAACAGGAUACAGUGGACAGCCUUCGUUACAACUUCACAAAUAUGUUGCACACGGUUAAGCAAGUUCAAGCGACUAUAUGUGAAAUGCAAGAACCUCUUAGAAGAGAAUUAAUUUACGGUGUAAGUGUUCUUAAAAAUGACGUGAUCGAUUUCGAUGUAGACUUCGAAGUUAAUGGACCAAUGGUUGAAGGGAUACCUGCAAAGGAAGCAAGUGAACGCGUGAUAUUAUUUAACGCUCGAUUUGACGAAUUAUGGGAAAGAUACGAAACAUACAGCAGUGGAGAGGCUCUGUUUGGAAUAGAAACAACUGAAUACCCUAUACUUCAUCAAAGGAAGAAAGAGUUUGUAUUGUUGCAAAAACUCUACGGCUUGUAUUUGCAAGUUAUGCGCUCAAUUGAUGGAUAUUUUGAGAUUCCUUGGGCUGAGAUCGAUACCGAUUCCAUUAUUGCUGAGCUAACGGAAUUUCAGAAUAAGUGCCGGCGACUACCUAAAGCUAUGCGUGACUGGCCAGCAUAUUUGGACUUGAAAAAAAGAAUAGACGAUUUCAACGAGACUUGUCCUCUGUUAGAAUUGAUGGCUAAUAAAGCUAUGAAAGAUCGUCAUUGGGAAAGGAUGUCAAAGUUAUGUAAUUACUUUUUUGAUGUUGAGUCAGAAAAUUUUACAUUAGCUAACGCAAUGGAAGCACCGUUAUUGAAAUAUAAAGAAGAUGUGGAGGAUAUCUGCAUCAGCGCCGUAAAGGAGAAAGAUAUUGAAAGCAAAUUAAAACAAGUAAUUGCCGAUUGGAUGACUGUAAAUUUACAGUUUACUCAUUUCAAACAGAGAGGUGAAUUGUUACUGAAAGGUACGGAAACUAAUGAAAUAAUAGCACAACUUGAAGAUAGCUUGAUGAUCAUUAGCUCUUUAAUGGCGAAUCGAUACAAUACUUACUUCAAGAAAGACAUCCAAUUAUGGCAGACUAAGUUGAGUAACACUUCAGAGAUAUUGGCCAAAUGGUUGAAUGUUCAGAAUCUGUGGGCUUAUUUGGAAGCUGUCUUUAUUGGCGGAGACAUUUCGAAACAAUUGCCUGCGGAAGCAAAACGUUUUAAUAUCAUCGACAAGUCGUGGGUGAAGUUAAUGUACAGAGCUCAUGAAAAGUUGAAUGCGGUAGAAACGUGUACGGGAGACGAAACUAUGAGUCAGUUUCUACCACACUUACUAGAACAAUUAGAAUCUUGCCAGAAAUCAUUGAGUGGUUAUUUGGAAACAAAGCGAGUUAUUUUUCCAAGAUUCUGCUUUAUAUCGGAUCCAAGUUUACUCGAAAUUCUUGGACAAGCGGCUGAUUCUCAUACGAUACAAAAAUAUUUGGAUGGAUUUUUCGACAACGUGGGAAAGUUGGAGUUUUCGGAAACCGAAUACGAUAAGAUCAAAGCGAUGUAUUCUCGUGAGAAUGAAAAAGUUGAUUUUGAAAAGGACGUAAUAUGUACAGGAGGUGUCGAGAAUUGGUUAAAUUCGUUAUUAGAAAUGCAUCAGAUAUCAGUGGGCGCUGUUAUUUCAUAUGGAAUGCAGCAAUUGCUAUUGCCUGAAACGAAACUUAUAACAUUAAUAGAUAAUUCCGUUUUGCAGGUCGGUCUAUUAGCUGUUCAAGUGCUAUGGACUCGUGAUUCUGAAACAGCUAUUGUUGGUGCAAAGCGAGAUAAAACUAUAAUGAAGAAAACCAACCAAUGGUUCUUGGAUUUGUUAAAUAGCCUGAUUGAAGUAACAGUUAAAGAUCUUACAAAAUACUCUAGAGCAAAAUUCGAAGCUUUAAUCACAAUACACGUACAUCAAAGAGAUAUUUUUGAUGAAUUGUUUCGCCUAAAAAUAAGGAAUAUUGUAGACUUCGAGUGGCUUAAACAGGCCAGAUUUUACUACGACAAAGAAAAUGAAGAUGUAGCAAUAAGAAUUACGGAUAUCGAAUUUAUUUACCAAAAUGAAUUUCUUGGUUGUACUGAUCGCUUAGCGAUUACUCCGCUUACCGACAGAUGUUACAUUACCCUCGCCCAAGCAAUAGGUAUGAAUUUUGGAGGUGCUCCUGCAGGACCGGCAGGCACUGGCAAAACAGAAACGACAAAAGAUAUGGGAAAAGCACUUGGAAAAUAUGUUGUUGUUUUCAAUUGUUCCGACCAGAUGGAUUUUCGAGGGUUGGGCAGAAUUUUCAAGGGUUUAGCCCAAGCUGGUUGUUGGGGAUGCUUUGACGAAUUUAACAGAAUAGAGCUUCCUGUACUGUCUGUCGCCGCUCAACAAAUUGCUAUGGUGUUGAAUGCUCGAAAAGAAAAGAAGUCGUCUUUCCUAUUCAGUGAUGGCGAGACUUAUUCACUUAAUUACGGAGUCGGAAUAUUCAUAACAAUGAAUCCGGGAUAUGCUGGACGUCAAGAGCUACCAGAAAAUUUGAAAAUCCAAUUUAGAAGUGUAGCAAUGAUGGUACCUGACCGACAAAUUAUUAUGCGGGUGAAACUGGCAGCAUGCGGUUUUAAGGAAAAUGUUAUAUUGUCUCGAAAGUUUUUUACUUUGUACAAAUUGUGUGAAGAACAACUGAGCAAACAAGUUCACUAUGACUUUGGAUUGAGAAAUAUAUUGUCCUGCCUUCGAACUCUUGGUGCUCAGAAACGAGCUCAUCCUGACGAUUCAGAAGAAACAACUCUUAUGAGAGUCUUGAGAGACAUGAAUCUGUCGAAAUUAGUUGACGAAGACGAGCCAUUGUUCUUCUCUCUUAUCGAUGAUAUGUUCCCCGGAAUUAAACUCACGACGCAAACGUACCGAGAAUUACAGAAGGGAAUUGCAAAUGCUGCCGAAGCACUGGGUGUUAUGAAUCAUUAUGAGUGGAACCUAAAGACAGUUCAACUGUAUGAAACUUAUCUUGUUCGUCACGGUUUAAUGGUACUCGGUCCAACUGGAUCUGGUAAAACACGUUGUAUGUGGGCACUUAUGCGAGCUAUGACCGAAAUGGGACUACCACAUAAGGAAGUCAGAAUGAAUCCAAAGGCCAUAACGGCGUCUCAAAUGUUUGGCAAGCUCGAUGUUGCAACAAAUGAUUGGACAGACGGAAUAUUUUCAACUUUAUGGCGAAAGUCGACGCAAUUGAAGAAAGGCGAUCACAUGUGGCUUGUUUUAGACGGCCCCGUUGAUGCAGUUUGGAUUGAAAAUCUUAAUUCGGUUUUGGAUGAUAACAAAACGUUGACAUUGGCGAAUGGAGAUCGCAUUAUAAUGUCACCAAGUACUAAACUUGUAUUCGAGCCUGACAACGUUGACAACGCUUCACCUGCAACUGUGUCGCGAAUGGGAAUGGUAUUUGUCAGUGCUUCCGUGUUAAGAUGGAAUCAUAUUUUGGAGGGUUGGUUUAAGGGUCGUCCAAGUUCUGAAGUGGAAGUCUUACGUGCCUUAUACAACAAAAUAUUCGAAGACUCCCUUACAUUUGUUUUAACAAAACUUAAUGCUAAGAUGAAAAUAUUGGAAGCAAUGUACAUUCGUCAAAGUAUCGAUAUAUUACAAGGAUUGCUCACCAUGGAUAAUGAUACAUCGA